AUGACGCUAUUGAUAAUCGCGACCACGAUCAAGAAGCUCCCGCUCACCGCCUGCCCUACCACCCCGCCUACCCCGCUUACCCCGUCUAGUCGCGAGGCCACCGAGAUGGAGAUGGAGAUGGCUACCGUUACUGCGACCACUAUUGUCGAGUGGCCGAGGGAGAACCAUAGACCUACGGUGAUGGGUCUUCUCGAUCCGCGCGCCGAGGACGAGGAGCGCGGGGAGCUGGCAAUGAUCUUUCGCGUCGCAUUAUCGAUGGCAGCAAUAUGCGGCUCCCUCUCGCUUCGAUUGACAGCUUCGGUCCUCUCGCUACGAGGGGAUGACUUGACGAGCCAACCCUUCGUCUCUCCAGACGAACGCUACCUCUUUGCCUGGAAUGGGCAGGUCUACUCGAUCAACGAAGGCGAGAACGAUGGACGCAUUCUCUUCGACUGGUUCUGUGAUGCUGCGCACGAGAAGGGGGUUGAGGCGGCUUUGCAGGAAGUCUUUGCCUCUUCUGCACUGCAGGAUGCUGAGUGGGCUAUGGUGCUCGUCGAUACACAUACAGGCUCCGUCUACUUCGGUAGGGAUGCGCUUGGGCGACGAUCACUCCUCGUCUCUCAGAAGGACGGCGAGCUCGUCCUAGCCUCUGUCGCCUCUCCAGAAGCCAUCGACGUCAGUCUAGCAUUCAAGGAGCUCGGCCAUCUCACCACACUUAUGCCGCGCAACGCCGAACGGCUCCUCCUCUGCCCUACAGACACGUUCGCCGACCCGACAGACUCGGAGCGUCAAGCGGCCCUGGAUAGUAUACAGGCUGCCCUCCUCGAGAGCGUCCGGCGCAGAGUCACUACAGUGCAAGGCGUCACAGCACAAGAGAAGGCGCCGCCCAUUGCCAUCCUCUUCUCCGGCGGGCUGGACUGUACCAUUCUUGCCUACUUGGCGCAUCAGGUCGUACCUGAGAGCCAGGGCAUCGACCUCAUUAAUGUCGCCUUUGAGAACCCGAGGGUGCUUGCUGCGGGCAAAAAGGCUGGCUCGAACUCAUCAUCACCAUCGGCGUCAAGCUCCUUCGACACGCCAGAUCGCCUACUCAGCAGACGAAGCCUCGCGCAACUGCAAUCUCUCGCGCCGGAUCGACUUUGGAACCUGGUGGAGAUCGAUGUCCACUAUUCCUCCUACCUGGCACAUAAGCCUACUAUUCUCUCCAUCAUGCACCCCAGCGAAAGUGUCAUGGAUCUCUCUCUGGCCUCUGUCCUCUACUUCGCCUCAAAAGGCUCAGAACACUCGAUUGGGCCUCGCGUAUACAUCUCCGGCCUGGGGGCGGACGAGCUCUUCGGCGGCUACUCACGCCAUCGUGGCGCCUUUGCCUCUGGCGGAUGGGCUCGAGCCGUCGAUGAGCUUCAGAUGGAUCUGGAUCGUCUCCCCACCCGCAACCUAGGGAGGGACGAUCGUGCCGUCUCUUCGCAUGGGCGCGAGGCACGUUACCCUUUUCUUGCGGCGCCUGUCCUCCAGCUUGCGGCAAGACUGCCCGUGAGAGUCAAGGCGGAGUGGGGUAGAGGGGAAGGGGUAGGGGACAAAUUGCUACUUCGGAUGUUGGCGCGCGAGAGGUUGGGGUUGGGAGAGGUGGGGAGGGAGAAGAAGAGGGCAAUGCAGUUUGGGGCGAGGAGCGCUAAGAUGGAGAGGGGGCGUCACAGUCGAUGA